AUUAGUCAGCUGAUCAGUGUAUACAGUCAACAGACAAGACUCCCUGGAAACAACUUUAACUCGUGAAAUAUGGAAGAAAUCAGUCAAUUGUCCGAAGGAAAUAAAAAAGUUGUUGAUGAAAAGAAGUUAAUAGAUAAUAAAGAUAUGAGUGCCCACACUGAUUUAACAAUAGGAGACAUAAAAAUACAAGGAGAUGAAGCAGACAAGAUGGAGAAACAAACUGGAGAUUUUAAUAGCGGAAAUAGUCCUGUCACAAAUGACGAGGGGCCGUCUCCAAAUGAAAAACCAAUUCGUCCUGAAGAACAUGUAGUACGGAAUGGAGAGACUUUAAACAGUAUCUCUGCUAUGUAUGACGUCACUCCCUCGGAAAUGGCGCAAUGUAACAAAUUAGGAAUUUCCAGAUUUAUUUUCCCCGGACUGAUUUUGAAGAUUCCUCCUCCUGCUCCCCCUCCUGCACCACCGAAAGAAAAUCUAGAUGAUCUGGAGGUGGUAGAAUAUCAGUUUAUUAAACUCAGGGUCAGACAUAUAACAGUGGGUAGAGGAGUGGUCGGAGGUAGUAUUCUUUUUACUCCAAAUGCGAUAAUAUUCGAUCCUGAUCCAGCAGAUCCCCUUGUAGAGGAGUUAGAACCAGAGGCAUUUCAGAUAAUUGCUCCAAUGGAGUUUGUAGUUAAUGCUGCCAUUUUCCUCGACUUUUUCCCAAUUGGAAACACAGGGAAAACAUCGGGGAAAGAAUAUCCUCCCUCACGAAUUUUCAGAUUAGACCCGAAAGUUACAAAAAUAACUGCAAAGCGUGAUGGUGAUCUGGAUGAAGAGAAGAAAGGAGAUGAAGAGAAAUUAGAGGAAAGACAACAGAGAGAAGGUUCCAACUACAGUUUAAGUGAAGAAGGAAAGGAAACUGAGAAAAUAGAAAAUAAUUCCGAGAUUUGUUCUCUACUUACCAGGUCGGAUCCCCUAUAUUUAAGAUUGACCAUGGGGAAGCCUGUAGGCCGCGAGGUUAGUAAAUCAACCCCAACAAUGGCGUAUGGUCUCCAGAUGAUGAUGCCUGAAUAUUGGUUUAUUGUUCCAGCUAAACAGAUACUUAAUCUUUACAGAUUCUUAAUGACCUGGUUUCCUGAAAUAUAUGUUCCUUUUGAUCUUGAGGAGAUACAUGAGAAUGGUUUUGAGCUUGUUCCUGAACCUGAUCUAAGCUCUGCUGAACCUAGUGGUCCUGUCAACUCUGCCAGCAGGAUUAUACAGAAAACAAUGACAAUGAAUAGUAUUGACCUGGAUAUCUUGAUGCCAGAGCUAACUGAGAAAUCUGAUUUAUUAUCAGAUGAUCAAAGAAAACUUCUCUAUAGAUAUCUACCUCCACGAGUGCAGGGAAGUGGUUGGAGCUUGAUGUUUUCUUCAAGUAAGGAUGGAUUUUCUCUACACUCCUUGUACAGGAAAGCGGCACUAGUGGACAGUCCUGUUCUCAUUGUAAUUCAGGAUACUGAUCAUGCUGUAUUCGGCGCAUUGAUAUCUUGUCCUCCUGUUAUGUCUGAAUCUUUCAUGGGAACUGGAGAAUCAUGGCUCUUCACAUUCUACCCAUCGUUUAAGGUUUAUGAGUGGACCGGUGAGAAUAAUUUUAUUGUCCGGGGUGGACAGUCUAGUUUAGUGGUUGGUUCUAGUGAUGGACAUUUUGGACUUUGGUUGGACGAAAACUUUAAUCAGGGAAGAUCAAUGGCUGUUUCAACCUUUAAGAACAAACCACUACCGGGGAAGGAAGAUUUUCAAAUAAACAACAUCGAAUGUUGGGUUUUUGUUUAAAGAAACCUAAAUCUUUCUUGUUUGCUCUUACAUUAUUGCCGUUUCUCAAAACUAGAGGAAUAUUUUCUCCAGUCCUCUUUCUGUAAUUAAAUAAAAUGGUUUCACGUGAAACUUUGUAAUUUUUUAUUGUAAUUGCAUUUUUUUAAAUUCAGAAACAAGCGGUAAUUUAUAUCAUUUGUAUUAUUUAUAUUAUUUAAAUUAUUGUGCUGUAUCAGUUCGUAGAUUGUGAAACAUUUUUUAAACGUUUAUACUUAACAAUUUACAUACAUUGUUACCAUUGUUGAUCAUAAGAUUUGAUACUUUUAUUUAUUUAAAAGAAAAAUUUCACACGAUGAUUAAAUUAAAGUAAGAUCAAAAUGAAAACAAAGCAGGAUCCUAAAAUUACAUAAUCUAAAUAAUGCUAUAUCUACUUAAUAUUGAUCAAACACUUUUUUAUCUGUUAAUUUUGUAUUUGAUAUAUAGCGUUCACGUUUUCAGUAUUGGGUGAGUAGCUGUUUAAAUAACUCUUUAUUUUUAACCCUGCUACGUUUUUUCUUGUAGGUUUUAGGUUUUCAUCUGAACUUUAAAUAAAAAGAUGGAAGCAAUAUUUGAAAUUGAAUUGAAUUUUAAAUUAAAUAAAAUUCUGGAAAUGUUGUGAUUAUGGGUGUAGAUCCAGAACUUGGGAGUCAACUAAAGUUUUUUUUAUAAUAUCGCCUUCCAAGCUUAUUAAUGACCGUAUGCUGCGGAUAUCCUGUGUAUUAACAAAUCGUGGUCGUAUUUUAAAAACAAAUCAGCACCCACUUUUAUUAUGCAGUUUGAUCAUAUUUUCUGCGUAUUUCAGGCGAUAUUUUUUAUCUUUACAAAAAAUAAGAUUAUUUUUAACACAGAAAUCGUCUCCGAACUUCUGGGUUAUAUUAUAUUUAACAAUAUACAAUGUACGUAUUUUGUCAACAUUCUUUUACCCAAAAAUUGGUUGUGUGCGCUAUUCUAAGGGGAGUCCAUGGGUUAAAGUUUAUUAGGCAGCUAGAAUUAUUAUGUACCUAGUUCCGAGUUUUUAUAUGUUAUUUUUCCUUGCUCCCCCUACACGUAUUUAAGACCGCAUUUAUUCAUAAAUGUCGCUUAUAUUUUCUGAUGAUUAUAUCUUGCAGAAUAAUAUUGUUUACUCCGGUUUUUGUUAUUAUUUAUCUGAAAUAUAUUUUCUUCGAUUUA